AUGGAAAGGUAAAGCACAUUUAAUCGUUGUAGAUUAUUAUAGUCGCUAUCCAGAGGUUGCAGAACUACGCAACACCAAGGCACAAACAGUUAUUUCAAAGACCAAAUCAAUAUUUAGUAGACACGGCAUUCCCGACGAGGUCAUAUCAGACAAUGGACCUCAAUAUUCCUCACAAGAAUACCAGCAAUUUGGGAAAGAUUACAACUUUACCCAUACAACGAUAAGCCUGAGAUACCCUCAGUCUGGUGGUCUACACGAGAAAACCGUACAGACUAUAAAAAAUGUCAAGCACACAACCAAGAUCCCUAUUUGGCACUCCUCAACUAUAGAAAUACUCCCAUAGACGGUGUAAGUCCAGCACAAGCCUUAAUGAGUCGACGACUUGGAUCGGUUCUACCAAUAGUGCAACACAAACUCACACCAUCAGUCAUCAAUGGCGCACAAUUUUCUACUAAUCGACAACUCCAGCAACAACACCAGAAACGCUACUACGACAAAACUGCCAGUUUUCUUUCUCCCCUGCGAAAAGGUGAAAUAGUGAGAUUUAAAUAUGAUCCCAACUCGAAAUGGGACAAGGCAAAAGUCGUUCAACCACACGUAGCACCGCGCAGUUACAUUAUCGAAACGAAAGACGGAGUACAGUAUAGGAGAAACAGACGACACCUACGGCGAACUAGCGAACCUCCUUUCGACACAACCGAAGCGCAGGUUGAGAAUUUUAUGCCAUCGUAUAAAGCCAGUCAUGACCAGACAUGGGAAACCAACUAUCCCAAGACAACUACAGGAGAAGCUCCUAAAAGAAGUCGAUACGGACGUAUGAUCAAUCAAAACCCGAACUAUAAAACCUGA